AUGGCGGCAGCCCAUAUCAAACCUCGAAGCCCGAACGAGUUGCGGCGGGAGAAGGGAAAUGAGACUUCUGUCGCAUACCGAUUUAUUUCCCUUCUCAAUCGUAUUACUGAUUUCCCGACGUGGGCUACCCACAAACUCCGAUUUGCGAAAGAUCGAUCUCCGAUUUUUUCGCUCAGUGAUGAUGAAGUGUCCUAUAUUAUUUCCAUACUUCCUCCUUUGGACGCAGCAGCAUUUGUUUUGAGCUGCAAAUUUAUGUGGCAGACUGGCAAGGGUCAAACUGUCCUCCAACAGCUCUAUAAUUUACACAAAGGCCGCAUAGAAAUUCUAGAACGUCUAGAAGUGGAUUUCCCCAAACACGUCCUCUGCUAUCGUUGUGAGAAAUUCCAUCGACGAAGCAGAAUACCACCGCCAAAGCUAGAGCCGUAUGGAUGUGAUACAGAGAGCGAAAUCCACUUCCUUGGUAGCCCAUCCACAGAAUUGGGGAUUCAACCCCAUUUAACUUAUAGACAGGCUAAAGAGAUCAUGAACCAUUAUCGUUUUGGCCCAACACACGGUCGACCCGCCGCUAAGGUAAACCAUUACCAUACUUUUGCGGACAGAGGCUAUGAGGGCUCGGUACAUGUUAAACUCGCGUGGAAUUUCGACGUGAAGCUAAUUGAUGGCAAUUUGGUUUUGAAACAAGAUAUGUGGGCUACAUACCAGGUCAAUAACAGUACCAGCCGGUAUAAAGCAGUAGAUAUAUGUGAACAAGGAAACAAUCAUCUACUACAUGGGAUUUCAGCCAACAAUAUUGAGAUACCACUACAUCAGUGCUACCGAUGCCCUCAUAGUUCCUCUGAGAGGGAGCUACGAGUCACCUAUAUAAAACAUAAGCCAGGCUACGCCUUACUUCGCAGUACACUCUGGGAAAACCUUGGGACGUGCCAAAACCCUAGCUCCGGCUCAGGUUUAUGGAACCAUGCAACGUGGUCCUCUCCCUGUAUUUUUCCUGCUACCGCUAUACAUCCUGACGAACUAAAGUACAAACAUCACUUUGAUACUGAGCUACCGAAUCGAGACUACAGGGGCGCGAAAUAUUCGUUUUGGUGA